GUUUUCCUAACAUAGACGGGCACUAGACGGCGCUGCUAAAGCUUCCUUAGCAUUCCUCAACCCCACUCGAAAUAAACAUGUUUAAAGUGAAAGUCCUUGUCUUGGGACCUUGUAUGGCAGGGAAGACAACUCUGUCUAAUUUCCUAGCAGAUGCUACUGAAGGAUCCAGUGGAGAAUAUCAUCCUACACAAGGAGUGAGAAUUCUUGAAUUUGAAUCACAGACUAGUAGCAGACAGGGAGUGGACGUGGAAUUAUGGGAUGUGAGCGGGGAUCCAAAAUUUGAAUCGUGUUGGUCAGCAAUGGCUAAGGAUACUAAUGGUGUUAUUUUUGUGUAUAAUCCAGACCAGCCUAAUCACGACAAGGACUUAGAAAAUUGGUUUAAUUAUUUUGUUGAAAACCAAAAUAUGAAAGAAAGUGCAUGUAUAAUAUUUGCACAUCACAAACCCGGAGGCAAUGAAAGGGAACGCUCAGUACUCUCCGACACAUUCAAGAAGAUCACUGCCAUUCAGACGAAUAUAGAUGAUGAUGGUGAAACAUUGAGAAAUGAAUUCAUGAACUAUCUGACACAAUUAAUGGCUGCCAUGACAGAUAAACGUGAGCAAGAGGAAUUAAGCAUCAUGAAUAAUCGAUGAUGACAAUAGAAUUUUAUAAAGACACAGUAUACUUAUAUUGACUGAAGUUUCUUACAUAGACCUAUAAUUCCUUCAUCUCGGAAGGAAAACAAUUAUACAAUUUAUUGAGAUCUUUGAUGUGCUUAAAUGAUAAAUAAAAAAAAAAGAGGACUGGUUCAAGUCAAUACUAUCAGUCUUGUUAUUAAGUACAUGUAUAUAUAUAUAUAAUGUAAAUAUGAAAAUACUGACUGGGGGGGGGGGGGGGGGACAACAAAUUUACGAUGUGCAUUGUCUGCACAUUAUACUGAUGAAUAUUGUUUCUAUACUGAAAAUUAAAUAAAUGUCUACAAUGAAAA